CACUGAGCAGGAGCUGCUGCUGCUCUCACGAAACUCAUAUCUUAGUAUAGAUUAGAUAAUCAAAUGCCAGUGCAGUUAGGUAGAGAAGAAGAAGAAGAAGCUCACUGUUGAACUGAACAUCUUAUGCUGCUGAAAUGGAGUAUCUUCUGCAGGUGAAAAUAGGAGCUCUGGUCGGUCUGCUGCUCUUAACUCUGCUUUUUGGAUUCAUUCCUGCACGAAUCAAGUGGUUCAGAGACACAAACGGGACAGAAACGCACCGCACAGUUCUGAGUCUGAUCAGCUGCUUUGCCGGCGGGGUUUUCCUGGCAGCAUGUCUGCUCGACAUCAUUCCAGAUUAUCUGUCCGACAUAAAGGCUGAGCUGGAUGCUCGGAUGGUGGAGACCAGUUUCCCUCUCCCAGAGUUCAUCAUGGCGUCCGGCUUCUUCAUGGUCCUCAUUCUGGAGAGGAUCGUGCUGAACUGUCGGGAGAUGAGAGGGUCUCAGGAGGAGAGGGCGCUCCUCAUACCGGACAACAAAAACGGACACGAAAACGGUCACGGACACGGACAUGGAACAAGUCCUGAUCUGGAGGGCAGCGGCCACCACGUCCACGUCGACUUCCAGGCUCACUCACCCUUCCGCUCCUUCAUGCUCUUCCUCUCCCUCUCCCUCCACUCGGUGUUUGAGGGUCUUGCUAUCGGCCUGCAGAGCACAGACUCAAAGGUAUUAGAGAUCUGCAUCGCUAUUCUGGUCCACAAAAGCAUCAUAGUGUUCAGCCUGUCGGUGAAGCUGGUCCAGAGCGCGGUCCGCCCGCUGUGGGUGGCUGCUUACAUCGGAGUGUUCGCCCUGAUGUCGCCCAUAGGCAUCGGCAUCGGCAUCAGCGUGAUGGAGGCCCAGCUGGCGGCCGGGGCGCUGAUCCAGGCCGUCCUGGAGGGGCUCGCCGCGGGGACGUUUAUUUACAUCACCUUUCUAGAGAUCCUCCCUCAUGAGCUCAACUCCCCCGGGAAGCAGCUUCUCAAGGUGCUCUUCAUCCUGCUGGGCUUCAGCAUCAUGGCCGCUCUGACGUUUAUAGGCUGAGUCGGGAUUUGACCUGGUCGCUUUGUGGCAACUACUACAGCUCAACACAAACCUGACUUUUGUACUGAAAGACAAAAAGGAGGUUUACUGACACACAUGUGCUUUUAAUAUAGUUUUUAAAAAAUCACAAGUAUAUCUAUAUAUAUGUAUUUAAUUUCUUUUCAGGAGGUUUUUAUGUAAAGAGGAACCACUUACUGCAAUUAUAUGUUUUUUGAAGGACUGAGAGAACUACACGGUAAAUAAGUGGCAUUUCACAGAGUCCCCUCAUUUAUCACUAACUUUGUAUUGAAACAUGCUCUGGACCUGCAAACAAAACAAAAGCCAAUAACCUUUGACCCCAUAGAGGAAUCUACUGGGAACAAAGGGUCAUGUUGCACGUAUCAUUAAUUCAAUCAGGUCAGUAAAUCAGUACCACCACAUUUGUUUAUGUUUACAUUUUACUUUAAACGUAUUCCAACUGGAAGCUUAUUCCUUCCAUAAAGCAUGACAGUUUGUGCCUUUUGUUGAAGUGUUUCCUUAUUGUAGCUUGUUUACUUCAGGCUCAUGGAUGGUUGGCAUUUCAAACUUCAUGGUAUUUCUUCUGACCCAGGUUUAUCUGGUUAACACUGGCAUUUUAGUGCACUGCUUUUAGAUUUAGUUUCUAUCAUGAGGUCGCUUUUCUCAAAUAGCACCAUGUUUUACAUUUGUCCUGUAAACUAGUGUAACGUAAACUGUCUUCCUGAUGCCUUAAGAAGUUAUAUUCCCCAAAAAGCGGAAAAGAGUGGCGACGAUGAGGAAAUCAUGUGGGAUUUCUUUUUAUACUGUUUGCACUUUCCCUAAGACAAAGUGAUUAUCUCCACCAAUGAGCAAGGCUUAACAACCAACCUUUUUAACAAGCUGAUCCUUGUUAUUUACAUUAUGUUGACCUUUGUCCCAGUUUAGAACAUUUAGUUUUCCAACUUUUUCCAUUUUGUCUCUAAAUACAAACAAAAUGCUGCUUUAUUAAAUCACUCAAGAACUUAUAGUUUUCUAUUUUGACAGUGGCCCAACAAAGAAGCUUUUAAUUAUCAGCACAAAGAGAAUCUAAGAUAAAGAAUUAAUUCUGAAAACUCAUUAUUUAUCAGAUUUUACUUGUGCACAUACGUAUGUUGUGGAAAUCAAACCAAGCAGGACACGACAGUACUUUUACAUCGUGUACAUUCAUUCAUCCUGCUGACAUCAAAUGAAGUCCAUGUAUGUAGUUAUUGUUAUGAACUGUCUAGUUUAGUUUCAAUUCCUCUUUUAGUCUGUCAUGUGAUAGUCAGAUGUUAGAACAAAUAGCAGGAAGUUGGACUGUGUGGGUUGAUUGUCAAGAAACAUGUCCACAGCAAAAGAAAAACUUCAACUUCAAAUCAAUUGUGAUAAAUUGUUUUUUUUUAAUUAAAGUAAUCUGAUCAACACUAAUGAAACGAAUAAUAUGGAACUGUUCCUAGAAAGGAACGAAACUACUUUCACUUUUUAUCCAACUGGUGCAUUAUAAUGUGUAAAGAUAUUAUUUGUCUACAUAAAACAUGAGUUGCAUGUAUUGUUUUGUGCCUUAUGAUUGUUGAUCUCAUCAGAGAAACAUCUUUGUUUUCUGUUGUUUAAACUUGAUCAGAGUAAAGAUAAAGGAGGAAUUUUC